GUUCAUCAGCGGUGCAACAGCAGCCAGUGCCAGGCAGCAAAUCGCGCAGAAGACUUUCGACGUGUUUCAUGUGGAUUACUGCGCAGAGGACUUGAAGCUGCAUCGGAAACACAUGCAUGAACUCAGGCCUUGUGCUCCUGCUGGUGAAAUCGAGCUGCUGCCGCAUCUGUCAUCUUCACCAUGACCGUGUACCGGCCCAACCAGCUCAGAGCCAUUGUCCUUCUCAUCCUCAGCACCUCCUUCCUGUUUCAGUGGGUCCUGAUCUUGCCGGGUAAGCAAAAGACCCCGCAGAAGUGGCACAGGAACAUCAGUGUCCUGCUGUGGUACUGGCCCUUCAGCAAACCCCAGACCCUGGACGGGGACGUGUGCUGGGACCGCUUCGCGGUGCGCGGCUGCCAUCUGUCGGACAACCGCAGCCGGUUCCACGAGGCCGAUGUGGUGGUGUUCCACCACCAUGAGCUGAAGACCCACCGCCAGACCCUGCCUCACCACCUGGCCCGCCGUCCUGCACAGAAGUGGCUCUGGAUGUCGCUGGAGUCCCCCAAUUCCAACGGAAACCUGACCGCAUACAACGGCGUGUUCAACUGGACCAUGACGUACCGGCGUGACGCAGACGUCUUUGUGCCGUACGGAGAGCUGGCUCCUAAGAGGAACGGCGGAGGCGGAGGUUACGUCAUCCCCAAAAAGGAGGCCGGCAUGGUGGCAUGUUGGGUUAUCAGCAACUACAAGUCCAGGCACAAGAGGACGCAGGUGUACCGGAGCUUGAGGAAGAUGAUCCCCGUGAAGGUGUUCGGGCGAUGGUCAAGGAAGCCACUGAGCGCCCGGGAGCUGCUUCCCACCAUCUCCCGCUGCCGCUUCUACCUGGCCUUCGAGAACUCGCUCUUCACCAACUACAUCACCGAGAAGCUCUGGCGCAACUCCUUCUUGGCAGGUACCGUGCCGGUGGUGCUGGGCCCGCCCCGGAGGGACUAUGAGGCGGUCGCGCCGGCCCACUCCUUCAUCCACGUGGACGACUUCAAUUCCACCGAGUCGCUGGCCGGGUUCCUGCAGAGGCUGGCGUCGGACGAGGAGGCCUACGCCGCUUACUUCGAGUGGCGACGUGACUACGAUGUCCGGCUCCUUGUUGACUGGAGGGAGAGACUCUGUCGCAUGUGCAAGCACUAUGACCGCCUGCCUGCCCGUAAGGUGUACCACCACCUGGACGCUUGGAACAGGAGGUGACCCACGGUGAAACAAAAACCAACGUUUUGUGUUCAGACUGGGAUGGCAGUUUACCUUACAACAAAUGAGAUGACUGUCACAGAUGGUGUCUGAAUAAGGGAUAACGUAAAAAUGCAAAAAAUGCAUCUGAACAUCAAUGGAAGUGAAGUAAAUAUUAAAACCACACCUUUCCUGGCAUGAAAGUAGAUCAGCAGUGCUUAAAAAAUGGUAACAGGAAAGUACUGAAACCUCAACCCACUUUGAUCGUUGUGAACUUAAACAUGGAGAAUGAGCUUCUAGUAAGUAUACAAUCAGCAUGCUUGAUGCCAGAUGAUUAAGAGAAUAUUCAUGGGGAAAGAAAUGUAGACAGAAGAGCAAAUAUGAUACUAUUGUUUCAUUUUGUUACAGGCAGCUCUGUGUGGUCAUUGUGGUGAUACAAAAUUGGCAAACAUAUUUUGCCACAGACGUUUGCAGUCUUGAAUGCACAUCAGGUGUAGGUGAGGAGUUAAGGCCUCUUAGGAGAAGGGGCAUAAUCAGGGUGCAGUCCAGGGUGCAGACCAUGUUUAUGCAGGCCCAUAGAGUGCUGAAGGCCAGAGAAUCUGGAUCCGCGGUUGCUCUGUCCAGGAAGUGUGGUGUUUCACAGUUUCACUAAAACUGUUUCAC